AUGGCGCGACGAUGGGCACGCAGGUUCGAGCGCUACUGCUGCAACUGUCUCACCUACUUCCCUCUGGCCUUCGUCUACGGCCUGACGACAUGGGCUGUCUGGGUUGUCGUCAACAUUGGCUCUACUACGGCCAAGAACCAUGAGAGCUGGACAGGGACCAAAUCAUCAAUCGUCGGCGUCCUCCUCUACCUCAUGCUCAACUGGUGUUACACCACUGCUGUCUUCACGAGCCCCGGCAGCACCACGAACGAUGCGGGUUACUCGACGUUGCCGACCGUCGCUCCACCGAGCACCACUUCGUUCACUGUCAAGUCCAACGGCGAGCUUCGCUUUUGUAAGAAAUGCCAAGCACGGAAACCGGACCGCGCCCAUCAUUGCUCGACCUGCCGACGAUGCGUGCUCAAGAUGGACCACCACUGUCCGUGGCUCGCUACCUGCGUCGGACUGCGCAACCACAAAGCGUUCCUGUUGUUCCUAAUAUACACCACGAUAUUCUGCUUGUACGAUUUUGCUGUUUCUGGGUCGUGGGUUUACCAAGAGCUACUGAGCCAAACUGAGUAUGUCGAGACCCUCAUGCCGGUCAACUUCAUAAUGCUCGCGGUGGUUUCCGGGAUCAUCGGGCUUGUGGUUGGUGCAUUCACGGGUUGGCACAUAAUGCUUGCGUGCCGCGGCCAAACGACGAUAGAGUGUCUCGAGAAGACGCGGUAUCUGAGCCCACUACGGAAGACAAUGCAACAUCAGUUCGAGGCGCAACACAACGGAGAAGGCGUUCAGCUUCCAAGAUAUGGGCAGCAGCUGUUAGAUAUCCAUGCGAAUGCCUUGCCUGGUGUCACGCGACCGGAAGAAGGAGAGGUCAGGCCGAACAGUAAUGCUGGUAUGCCGCCUCAACUCUCCUAUGAAGAUAUGGAACGGUACCGCGCAAGGAAGCGGUAUGAGGAGUACAUGGACGAGCAAGACUCGGAGAGGCUACCGAGUGCUUUUGAUCUUGGCGUCAAGCGGAAUUUGUUACAUCUUUUUGGCCCAUCGCCGAUGCUCUGGUUUGUCCCGAUCAUCAACACGACAGGGAAUGGCUGGUCAUGGGAACCAAGUCCCAGGUGGCUGGCUGCGAGGGAGCAAAUCGCGCAUGACCGUGACGAGCAACGGCAUAGAGAAAGAGCUGCGGGAUGGGGGGAACCGGAAGCGCCAGUUGUUUCGACCCACGCAGAACAGCCGAACGGGGCCGGCAGACAUUAUCUGGCAUCGCCCUCACCGUCUAACGGUCGACGCACACCAUCCAAGGCGGACCGGAUCCUGGGCAGAGACCCCAAUCUCUAUGUCGAUGAGCCACCGACCUCAGUCUCAAUGCGGACUCUCGAUCGCAGGGGUCACGACGUCGAAGGUGACGUAGACACGAGCACAGACGAUGAAGAUGCGGAACACGCAGCUAUGAACCUCGUUACCAAUGGAGGAUGGGCUAGGAGCGGUGCUAGCGGCUUGCUGCGGAAGUCCUCAAGAGGCAACAACGCGACGUCACCAAGCUUCACAGCGAGGGACGACGAGGGAGUAGACUGA